ACGCGGCUGGCGCGUUUAGCGCGAGAUCUGCACGAGAUUGACCGGUUGGCGGCGGAGACGAACGUGGCGGUGGGUAACUACCUGGGUCUGCGCGACCAGCACGACCGCGCCGUCGAGCACUUGACACUAGCGCUGCGCGGCUGCCCCGAUCUGCCGCAGGCCUGGCUCUUCCUGGGGCACGAGUACUUGGAGCUGAAGAACCAGCCGCGGGCGGUGGCCUGCCUGCAGCGGGCCGUGCAGGUCGACCCGCGGGAUUACAGGGCCUGGUUCGGACUAGGGAAGGUGCACGAGAGCGCAAAGUACUCUGACCAUGUGUACUUCCAGCGAUCAGCUGACAACGCCUUCCACGACCCCAAGCCCUGGUGUGCGCUCGGGGACGUCUUCGUCAAACUCAACCAACCGGAUGACGCCGCUCGCGCCUACUGGCAGUCGUACCAGAACGGUGACAAGGAGGACGGCGCCAUUGGGAAAUUAGGCCGGGUGUUGAGCAAGAGCGAUGUUGCAAAGGCGGCCAUCGCGUUCCAGCGCUACAUCGCCGCCUGCGAGGAGGGGCUCGUCAAAGGCCAGGAGGACGUUAAUCGCAGUGCUUUCGCGACGGAGCUGGGCGAGGCCUACCUCUUCCUGGCGAGAAUGCAGCUGGAGGCGGGGAACACGGCGGAGGCCAGGACCUGGGCGAGGAAGGCGAUGGUGGUCAGCGGGAUGGCCAAGGCCGUCUCCGAGUUCCUUUUGCGCGUCGACGGGAAGACGGAGCACGAGCGCAGCGUCCACAGCGACGCCAGCGCCAUGGAUCUCAACGUCACCGACCACUCCGCGGGGGCGGGCAUGGAGGGCCUCAUCAGUGACGACGAGGAGAACCUCCCCUCCACCCUUGCCAGCUAA